AUGGGAUUCCAAAAGGCAUGGAGCUUCACAGCUCUCUUGGUCUUCUCUUCAACAGCUUUUGCCGCGUCGAAUUCGACGAUUCCAUCCGACCCGUGCUGGCCUUCACCAACGACAUGGACGUCUCUCAACGAGACACUAACAGGCCGUGUUCUUCCCACCACACUUCCUAGCUCUGUCUGUCCAGAAGGAGGACCAGGAAGCGAAACCUGGAUCGUCAACGCGACAGACGCAAAAGACGUUCAAACCACCCUGAACUUCGCCAGCGAACACAACCUCAAGAUCAACGUCAACAACACCGGCCAUGCCGGCUACGGACGCAGUUCAACUUGCGGCGCUCUUUUCAUCGCAACAAGUGAAAUGAAAGGUGUCGACUUCCACGACUCAUACACACCCCAAUCCUGUUCAGCGAACCACUCCCACAUGGCCGCCACACUAGGUGCCGGACAACAAGACGAUGAAACAUUCCAAGCGCUAGCUGCACAUGACGCCGUAACCGUUGGCGGCACAUUCGAUACAGUAGGAAUCGUCGGCUGGGCAACAGGCGGUGGCCACGGCUGGCUCACAAGCAGCUACGGCAUGGGCGCGGACAACAUUUUCGAAAUCGAAAUCGUAACACCCACUGGCGCUAUCUUGGUCGCAAAUGAAUGCCAAAACAGCGAUAUCUUCUGGGCUACGCGCGGUGGCGGAGGCGGCACAUUCGGCGUCAUAACACGGAUAACGAUGAAAGCAUACCCCAUGCCACGAACCGCCGUCUGGCUUUGGAACAUCCAACCCAAGAACAACACCGACGCAAAAGAAUGGUGGAGACUGGUCGCCUCUCUCCAUGCCAACAUGCCAGCAGUAAAUGAAGCGGGUUUCCAAGGCUACUACACCAUUGCCGGUGCUAAAAACAGCCUUCCAGCCAUCGGCGGCUACUUUAUGGCGUACGACAAAUCGAACUCGACUUUGACGACCGCCAUGUCGGAUUUCCUCGCUCCAGCACGCAAAUCCAGCCAUCUCGUCUUCUCCACAACAUCCAACUUGACCACCUAUCCCCGCUGGAUAGACGCCUACAACGCACUGCCCAAGCAAGUCCGUGACUCUUCCUCCGGACCCGGUGGCGUAAUAUCCACAACCCGCCUUCUAACUGCAGAUUCCCUAACCCAAGACAUCGAUGCCAGUGCGCGUAUGUUUGAAACUAUCGGACCCCAAGCAGCGGACUACGAAAAAGGCAUGUCAAGCCACAUCCUCGCCGGCGCUUUAAUCGCAAGUCCGAAACCCGUGGACAGCGCCUUGAAUCCAGCCUGGCGCUCAGCUUCCGUUCACAUGAUUGUGAAAUCUGCGUGGGACACGGCGCUGCCCGAUACCGUCGUACGAAGUUUUCAGGACGAGUCGACGAAUAGCACGGGUAGGGCUAUGAGGAGACUUUCGCCGGACUCGGGAUGCUAUGUCAAUGAGUGCGAUACGUAUGAGCCUUUCUUCCAACAAGCCAUGUAUGGUGUCAACUACCCGCGUCUUCGUGCUAUCAAGGCCAAGUACGAUCCAGACAACCUACUGUGGUGUAGACGAUGCGUUGGAAGUGAGGAAUGGAAGUAUGAUGAGCGGGAUGGGAGGCUUGAGAAGAGGGGAACUAGUGACGUUUGGCCGAAUUUCGCAUAUGGGUUCUAG